UGCUGAUUAUGAUAUCAUAUCCAGAUCGUAGUUUUAGCCCCUGUGAUGACUUAGUUCUGUAUAAGAGUCGCUUUUCCUCACCACCUAUCUCUUUUCCAUUCCUAGGAUCUAGGUAUCCAACCCAUUACCAAGCUUCUUUAUUUGGAGACUAUGUCUCCUCCCAAUAUGGACGAAAGUACUAUUUCCGGGGCUACCUGCCUGAGCUCUGAUGAACACGGAUGCGACAUUAAAGAUCAUCUGCUUCAUUAUAUAGGAUGCAUUGAAUUCUGUGAUCAAGCAGAGUUCUUCACUCCUGGAUUUCGUAUCUGGGAACAGGAGGCUAAGCAUCAACAAGAAGUUCUACAUCACAGUUUUGAGAAGGCAAAGGAACUUACCGAACAAAAAAGAAUAUCCUGGGAAGCCGAUUGUAAAAACGAAUUAAAGCGUAUCGGCUUUCUCCGCAAGCAAUUAUCGAAAGAUAGCAAGGAUAAACACUUGGUAGACAGAGUGGAGGAAAGCUUGGAUGCGUGGCGUAAGUGCUCAGAGUAUGAGAAAAAUAUUGAAUCUGUUCGGCAGAAACGAAGGGAUAAGGGUAAAGGAAGCUCAUCGACACCAAGUGAAGAAAGCAGGGAUGAGGAUUAUGAUUUGGAGAAGGACAUCACCGUACCAAUUAUUCAAUUCAAUGAUGGAAAGCCUUACGAAGUAGAGGGUCGUGGAGUGUGGAACAAAUUUCCGAACCAGAAGACAACGCUUAGCAGUUUGUUAAAUGACGAGGAUAAUUUGUUACGUCAUAACGACUCUUCACCAGACCGCUUAAUAAGAUAUUUCCAUAUUCCGUCGAAUAAUAUGGAUUGGAUCGAACGCGCUAUUGGACGAUACUUCGGGGAAGAAAGACCUCACUACCACGCUACACAUCGCGAGCUGAAGCGAGAGAAAAAGACAAAAGCUUACAUGAUUCUUCGGGACCAAUAUUGGCGAGGACAGCUGCAUGGUAGUCAGCCUCACAGCCCGGCACAUGCAAGGCACAUGAAGCCGAUGUGUGCAACGAUAUCGUCUGACCCAGAAAAUAUUAAGUACUUUCACAGGAAUAUGGUCCUUUUCAUGCCAUACCUCCACUGGGAUACAUCAAGAAAGAAUGAGCAGUUCGCAAUGGAAAUUGAGGAUAGUAUUGCAGAAGAAGAUCUUAAGAGAGAUGAAAGUCUAAACGCUUCAGAAAUGCAACCGACACCGACAAGACAACAAAGGUCUAGGAUAAAGGUAGCAACUAUGAGCAGACUCUUAAAGUUGAUGAGAGAACGAAAUGAAAUUAAGAGUCUACGUGAAGUAGAUGACAAUGGUCGGUUUCUGAUCAAGAAUCCUUUAGGUCAGUUCCUCCUUGACGCUGCCAGACUAUAUGAAGGGAUGUCAAACUAUCGGGAUAAGAAACUGCUCCGUGAAUAUAUUUCUAAAGACCCCCCUCUUCAUCCUCGGCGUACUCUCGAUCAAGCCUACCACUGGACACUCAACUCGACAUGGGAAAGGGACAGAGAUCAAGUUGUAUACAGACACACGACUACAGAACCUGAAAAAUUCCAUAAAUAUGAUCCGGGCAAGAAUACAUGGCAAGAACACGAGGAUUUCGACAUCAAGGGGAAAUGUAAGGAAUGCAAAAGGAAUAUCCAAAAGCUAUCCUGUGUUGUCAUGGUGGACCAGUUGUGGAUGUGGGUUCUGGAUGCAAAGACGAUUAUUACCUGCUUUCCGAAACGAUACGGUUCGAACAAGCAAGAUAGUUCGGCCGUUCACAAGUCGAUAAGAGUACGCAUCCAGGAGAUUGGUCACGACCAGAUUCGUACCGCUUUUGAUCUUGGCUUAAUUAUUAUUGAUGAAUGCGUCAAUACAUUAUUCAAUCGAACAAGAACGACAAGUCGGCAGCCACAAGUCAUUGAUACCUUCUCGAAAGCUAUUGGGAAUAUUAUGCAUAAGCAAACCGUAGCUUUUGAAAGGCUUUGGCGCUGGGCUGAUAACGCUAGUGAUAUCUACAAAUCCAACGGGAAUGGGGACGCUUCAGAGCUUCACGUGACGCUUCUUGAUAUUCAUCCUGAAGGGCAGCUUGAGCGGGAGAUUAAGGACAUAGUGGAAGAGUUGGAUAUUAUGAUACACAUAACAAAGGUCCACGAGAAAAUGCUUUCAGCAUUUACUUCCAAUGCCGAAAACUUGCUCGAUCCCUUUGGAAAAUUUGGCGAAAAUAAGAAGCGGGAAAUGAUAAGCAAUACUUUAAGGGGGGAAACGAAAAGGAUUGCCGAAAGUCUCGCCGAGUAUGAAAAAGAAAGAGAAACUCCAGCUGGGGAUGUGAAAUCAGCAUUUGAGAAAAGGCGAGACGAUUACAACUGGUUUAAGCUCAAUGCUGAUGAGCUCCUGGAAACUAUCAAGGGACGGAUCGAUGAACUUGAAGAGCUACGAAAAAUAGCUGGUCGUACAGCCGAUAGUGUCAAGGACUUAUUGGAAUUGAAACAACAACAGGCCAGUGUCGUCCAGGCGUGGCAAGCUGUCAGACAAUCAAACGAGACCAUUAAGCAAAGCCAAUCGAUCAUGAUGUUUACACUCGUGACCAUCAUUUUUCUUCCCCUGUCAUUCAUGUCUAGCGUCUUUGGUAUGAAUAAUAUGGAAAUCACUAGUGAAACUUGGUCCAUACACCGGGAGUUCUUGUACAUGUUCACUAUCUCAGCUGCGGUCAUUAUCCUAAGUUUGCUCCUUGCUUUCGGCGGAUGGAUUCGCGCUAGCUUAUUUUACAUAUGGAAGAGGUUGAUAAUCACUGUUAUAGUGGAUUCCGGCGUAUAUAACCACUGGCGCGAUGCCAGCUGGUCGAGCAAGGAAUUUCACCAUGAGGCGAACGUCUUCGCUAAUCGCGUCAAAAACAAGGCUAGGGAAGCUCACCUAACAAAAAGAUUUGAAAAACGCCGGCAAAAAGAGAAUCGUGCUAAAGCCAAGCAGGGAGGUGCUGAGAAUGGGAACAGUUCGAAUGGUUCACUACCUGAGAGCGGACAAGAAAAUGGCCAUCCUAACGGUCAUACAAACGGUAAUUCUAAUGGCAGUUCUUCUCAACAAUCAAACAAACCGAUUGAGCAACCCUUCUUCCGGCGGAUUUGGAAUAGACUUCACGCGAGGGGUGAGAGGGAAGAAGAUAUCGGACUCUCGACUGUGUAGGCGGAUAGACAAGUUACAA